UGCGCUGGGAUUUGUUCCCGCACGGCGUUCCGUUUAGAAACACCGUUUCACUUCCUGUUUGAAUUUAGAACAUAUCCGAAUCACAGAAGCUGAUUAAUUUUAGCAGCUUUUAACAAAUGUUAAUGUAGCAUAAAUAGUUACGAACAAUAAUGAUUCCUUACACCGUCAACAUCAAACUCGCGGCUCGGACGUUGACUGGCACUCUCAAUUUGCAGAAUAAAACCGCGGUAGAUUGGGGUUGGCAGGGGCUGAUCGCUCAGGGAUGUCACUCCAGUAUUCUCAUCAUCGACCCAAAGACAGCCCAGACCAUCCAGGUUUUGGAAAGGCACAAAGCCAACGUGGUCAAGGUGAAAUGGUCCAGAGAAAACUACUACCACAAUUUGAGCUCACCCUACUGUCUACGGCUAGCCUCAGGAGAUGCCUCAGGGAAGAUCAUAGUGUGGGAUGUGGUUAGCGGUACUGCCCAUUGUGAGAUCCAGGAACACUCCAAGCCUAUCCAAGACUUGGAGUGGUUGUGGAAUCAGGAUGCGUCUCGUGAUCUGCUGUUAGCCGUCCACCCUCCUAACUACAUUGUCCUGUGGAACGGAGACACAGGCACCAAGCUGUGGAAGAAGAGCUACGCUGAGAACAUCCUCUCCUUUUCUUUCGACCCAUUUGACCCGUCCAACAUGGCAUUGCUGACCAGCGAAGGAAUAGUCUUUAUCACAGACUUUUCCCACUCCAAACCACCAGGCAGUGCUGGCAAAAAGGUCUACAUUGCCAGCCCCCAUGCAAGCCCCGCCCACACCAAACCUGCUCCGGCCGCUGCACCAGCACCUACUGGUGCAAAGAAGGCCCUCAACAAGGUCAAAGUGCUCAUCACUAAUGAAAAACCCACUGCAGAGGCCGUAACGUUGAACGACUGUCUGCAGCUGUCCUACCUGCCAUCCAAGAGGAACCACAUGCUGCUGCUUUAUCCCAGAGAGAUCCUCAUCCUGGACCUGGAGCUCAGUCAGACAGUGGGUGUUGUGGCCAUUGAGCGCUCCGGGGUGCCCUUCAUUCAGGUUAUUCCCUGUGCUCAACGGGACGCCCUUUACUGUCUCCAUGAGAACGGGUGUAUCACCCUUCGAGUGUGUCGCUCCACUACCGCUCCAGAGGAAGCAGCAGACCCAGAACAGAGUGUUCAGGAGCUCGUGUACGACCUUCGCUCUCAGUGUGAUGCUAUCCGAAUUACCAAGACAGUCCGGCCAUAUCGCAUGGUUAUCUGCCCUGUCAAUGAAAACAACGCUGGGCUGAUGGUCAGCGACGGCAGAGUCAUGUUGUGGGAACUCAAAGCUCACACCGGCAAGGCUGCUGUCAAUCCUAGUUCGGGUCUGUCGCCGCUCUACUCCCCUGUGUCAUUUUGUGGAGCUCCACUGGGUCCGAACCAGAAGAGGAUUCAGGAUCUCUCUCUCAACAGCAUGAUCAGCCAGACCUUGAUAGCUGGUGAAGCUCCUCCUCCAUCAUCCAACCAGCAAGAGGUCCAGUUGAAGUUCCUGCUGACUGGCCUGCUGUCUGGUCUGCCACUGCCACCGUUUGCCAUCCGCAUGUGCCCACCAUUAACCACCAAAAACAUCAACCACUACCAACCCCUGCUGGCUGUAGGCACCAGUAAUGGGUCUGUACUGGUCUAUAACCUGACCAGUGGUCUUCUCCACAAAGAACUCAGUGUCCACUCUUGUGAAGUCAGGGGGAUUGAAUGGGUGAGUCUUACCAGUUUCCUAUCUUUUGCCACUUCUGCCCCCAACAACAUGUGCCUGGUGCGAAAUGAGCUGCAGCAUGUCGACCUGCCUACUGGCAGAUGCUUUGCAUUCAGAGGUGAGCGAGGAAACGAUGAGCCACCCAUUGAGAUGAUUAAAGUGUCUCACCUCAAACAGUACCUGGUGGUGGUGUUCAGAGACAAACCCCUGGAGCUAUGGGACAUCAGGACGGGGACACUCCUCCGGGAGAUGGCUAAGAACUUCCCUACUGUUACUGCACUGGAGUGGUCCCCGUCCCACAACCUGAAGAGUCUAAAGAAGAAGCAAAUGGCAGCGAGGGAGGCCAUGGCUCGGCAGACGGUGUCAGAUGCCGAGCAGAGUAGUGUUGAAUCCUCAGUCAUCAGUCUCCUGCAGGAUGCAGAGAGCAAGUCAGAGACCAGCCAGGCCAUCUCAGCCAGGGAGCAUUUUGUAUUCACUGACACAGAUGGGCAAGUCUACCACAUCACCGUAGAGGGCAACACAGUCAAAGACGGUGCACGAAUUCCCCCUGAUGGUAGUAUGGGCAGUAUUGCUUGCAUUGCCUGGAAAGGUGACACCCUGGUGCUCGGAGACGUGGAUGGCAAUCUCAACUUCUGGGACCUCAAAGCUCGUUUGUCCAGGGGAAUACCGACACAUCGUGGUUGGGUGAAGAAAAUUCGCUUUGCACCAGGGAAAGGCAACCAAAAGCUGCUGGUCAUGUACACGGAUGGAGCAGAGGUCUGGGACACCAAAGAGGUCCAAAUGGUCAGCAGCAUGCGGAUUGGUCGCAACGUCAACUACCGCAUCCUAGACAUUGACUGGUGCACAUCAGACAAGGUUGUGCUGGCUUCUGACGAUGGUUGUAUCCGAGUGCUGGAGAUGGCCAUGAAAUCUGCCAGCUACCGCAUGGAUGAACAGGACCUGACUGAUCCAGUGUGGUGUCCUUACCUGCUGGUGCCCCGAGCUGCUCUGACCCUCAAGGCGUUCAUUGUACUGCAGCCCUGGUCAGGAACGUUCACCAUGGACAUCACUCAAGUAGACUACAAUGAGAAAGACGAGAUAAAAGGCCUGAUCCAGGAGCAGCUCAACUCCCUGUCUAAUGAUAUGAAGAGCGUGCUACAGGACCCGGAAUUCAGUCUGCUGCAGCGAUGCCUCCUGGUGUCACGGCUGUUCGGUGACGAGUCGGACCUUCACUUCUGGACAGUGGCGUCCCACUACCUCCAGUCAUUUGCCCAGGCCCGUCAGCUAAGUGCAGAGGGUCAUGCCCAAAGUGAAGGAACCCAGCCAUCACCUCAGAACCACCUGGACAUCUGCAAUGACGUCCUGUGUGAGAGCUCUUACUUCCAGAAGUUCCAGUUGGACCGUGUUCACCUGCAGGAGGUGAAGCGCUCCAGUUAUGAGCACACUAAGAAAUGCGCUGACCAGCUCCUCCUGCUGGGUCAGACGGACAGGGCAGUGCAGUUACUACUGGAGACGAGCGCGGACAACCCCAGCUACUACUGUGAUUCACUCAAGGCCUGCCUCGUGACCACCAUCACCUCCUCAGGCCCUUCACAGUCCACCAUCAAACUAGUGGCCACCAACAUGAUCGCUAAUGGCAAACUAGCAGAGGGCGUACAGCUGCUGUGUUUGAUUGACAAGGCAGCCGACGCUUGCCGCUACUUGCAGACCUAUGGGGAGUGGAACCGGGCCGCCUGGCUGGCCAAGGUGCGUCUGAACCCAGCAGAGAGCUCAGACGUGCUGAAGCGCUGGGCAGAGCACCUUUGCUCCCCACAGGUCAACCAGAAGUCCAAAGCCAUCCUGGUGCUGCUUUCCUUGGGCUGCUUUUACAAAGUGGGAGAGAUGCUCCACAGUAUGAGGCACUUUGAUCGCGCCGCCCUCUUUAUCGAAGCCUGUCUGAAGUACGGGGUGAUGGAGGCCAAUGACUCUUCCAAUAAACUUAUUGAGGCUGCGUUUUUGGACUAUGCACGGCUACUACGCUCGCUGGGCCUGCGGGAGGGCGCUGCUCUGUGGGCAUCGCGGGCUGGCAGCCCUGGGGAGCAGCUGAUGGAGGAGCUGUUCCAGGGAGAGGGAGGUGUGCCAGAAGCCAUUCUUGGCGAAGAGGAAGUCGAGCUGGGCCAGGAGAGCACCGAGUGACCUCAAGAACGGGGGUUUUGAAGAGAACGGAUGAUAUGCUCCUUGGUGCAAAGCCAGGGUCAGCCACGAUCAUCAUCUCCACAUCAAGAGAAGGAGGAGAUAUGAGGAGUUUCCUCCAUGUGAAGUUGUCAGUCGGUCACUGAAGUCUGCCUGUGUCUGUGACUUUACUGAGUUUCUUAAUGUUUGGUAUGACCAGUGUGUGUUUAUGUGCAUAGGUGUAUGCAUGUAACAGUCCCAAAAGAAACAUACUUGUUUCCUCAUUCCCCCAACAAGUGAAGUAAUACACAUUGUUGUUAUUGACCUUGAAAUCAGUGUGUGAUUUUGUUGGUUAAUAAAUUGAACCCGUGUGGGGUUUUUUUUCACUGGUUGCUUUUUAAACUUUAUUUUGUGUGCCUGGAUUAAUAAUUUCAAAGUACUGUUGUAGCUUUACAGGUUUUAUUUGCCUUUUUUUCUGCCGAGAUUAAAUGUAGUAGAUUUAAUUUAUCAAAAAAUAAUACGUUCACCAUUUCAUUUUGAAAAUGCACUGACAUUAUAAAGGGCCCCCAUAACUACUCCAUGUCUAUUCAGUGAUAUUUGUACUUUUGAUUUAACCAAAAAGACCACUUACUUUUACGUUUUCUCCACAGCAGGGGGUGCUGCAUAAGUGACUGACCAAAGCCUGCUACUGCACAAGCCUCUGCAGAUGUAACUAUGGGAUGGCAGGAAAAUUAGUUAGCCAGGUCCCCCUGCACUUAUUAUACAUUUAUUAGUAUAUUAUCUCCCUGCGCACAGAGGGGAGAAGAAUCUGACCUCUGCCACCUGAGUGAUACCGUUUAAUUAGCUUGUGUAGAGUUCAUUUCAGUUAAAUAGAUGCUUGUUGUUCAUUAAUUCAUUCCAUUAAGCCAAAUGGAGUUUUUCAUUUUUUCUUCUCUUUUAUGAAGACUUGGGAGGAUACUUUGCUCUCUGUAUGCUUUGAUGGUUGUAUAAUGUUGUUGUUCUCUGUGUGUGUAUUACAAGAAGAGCUGUCAAAAUGUGUUGUAACUCAUUUUAAGCAGGCCGCUGAUGGAUCAUUUACACACAGACAAUAAUAUGUGCUGCUCCCAAUGUUGCUCAUCACAAUCACAAAACCUGACACACAGUUUAGGAAGUGGUUUAAAUAUCCCCUCAUGACUCCUCUGUUGUGCUUUUGCCUCCUUUUUACAUAGUAAAUAUCUACUGAUCAUCAAAAUCAUCUGUAUGACAAUGCAAGGACUUUAGUGAUUGUGUAUUGAACUGCCUUGUAACAUGUUUAGUUGUCCUGAAAUGAGACACUCCCUCGAUCCCCGGGACGUUUUGGUGUCUUUAUCGUGUUUCGUAAACAUUUCAGUGUUGUUUCUCUUCUGUGUUACUGUUAACCCCAAGCGGUGUCACUAUGGCAACCGAGGACUAUUUUUGGGGACUAGUUUCACAUAGCCCCACUAACAUACUGUGGGAUCACGUAGAGAGCCAGCAUAGUCAUACAACCCAGCAGAUAAUCGGCUGUAGUUUACUUGGUGCUGUGUAUCUUCUUCCAAUCAUGUGAUGCAGUGUAGUGGGAGCAACUUGUACUGUACUACCUGUACCUUAUGAUUAGGCACUAGUUUGAUUAACACUCGCUGCUUUUCAUUGUACUUAGAUGAACGAUCAAAAAUAAUGUUCAGAGUUCAGGCAUGUAAGAUGAGGGAGAGGACAUGUCUUACACAGUAUGUUUUGUAAUGGUGUCAAAGUUUAGCCUUUUUUCAUUGUUCUCUGUUCAUUGUUAACACAGUGAUCCUAAUGCUUUAAGAUAUAUAAAUAUUACAAGAGAAGAAAAGAUAUAUGUAUAUAUUGG